UCUGUUGACAGGAAGCGUGUGAAGCGGAAUCACUACAACCACUCUUUGCUUGUAGUUCAGCUUGACAAGCAGGGUUUUUUACGUUCAUUCACCCCCUCGGAGGUGUGUGGACUUAAAUUAUGCGUUUUAACAUCGACCCGGAUCAAAGAUGCAAUGGAGGUCGAUAGUAGUUGGCCUGGUCGUACUGAGACUGUCCCUCAGCUGUGUGCUGUGGCUAGCCUUCGGGCUCGGACCUAACGUUAGCUGGGGGUUCAACUUCCCUCUCACUUUCAGUUUGCACAAAUUGGACUUAUUGUUCCGGGAGGAAAAAGGGACACACUCGAGGGAUAACUCGUGGUCUCAACGAAUACACGGCCAGAGAUAUGAAGAGACGCCGAGCACCUGUGAGAAGGUGGGAGAGGAGUCCCUCAAGAGGUCCUACCUGAGCUUCUUCGAGGGCAAUAGGGACGAGUACGUCCGGAGAUACAGCUCCUUCCCAGACACGCUGAAGGCGAAGAUGAAGGACAUGGCCAAGGAAAUGUUUUAUUUCGGAUACGACAAUUAUAUGAAAUAUGCAUUUCCCGAGGACGAGCUGAACCCCAUUGACUGUGAGGGGAGGGGACCAGACGUGCUCAACCCGUCGAACAUCAACAUAAAUGACGUUUUGGGGAACUAUUCACUCACACUGAUUGACACCUUAGACACCUUACUGGUGCUCGGCAAUGUGACAGAGUUCCAGAGAGCCGUCAAGCUGGUUAUAGAUAAUGUGUCUUUUGACAAGGACUCGACCGUGCAGGUUUUUGAGGCAAACAUCAGAAUCUUGGGAAGCCUCAUCUCAUCUCACAUCCUGCUGACGGACCCAAAACAUCCUUUUGGCGAGGUGGGCUUCGAAGGUUACGAUAAUGAGCUGCUUCACUUGGCUCACGACUUGGCUGUCCGCUUACUGCCAGCCUUUGAGAACACCAGCACGGGCAUUCCUUAUCCAAGGGUGAACCUGAAGACGGGAGUCCCCCCUGAUAGCAUCAAUGAGACUUGUACUGCAGGAGCUGGGUCCCUGCUGGUGGAGUUUGGCAUUUUGAGCCGCUUGAUUGGAGAUUCCACGUUUGAGUGGGUUGCCAGACGAGCAGUCAGAGCUCUGUGGAGCCUGAGGAGCAACGAAACUGGUCUGUUGGGGAAUGUAGUAAAUAUCCAAACAGGCCAGUGGGUUGGCAAACAGAGCGGUCUGGGAGCUGGUAUGGACUCCUUCUACGAGUAUUUGCUCAAAUCAUACAUCCUAUUUGGUGAAAAAGAGGACCAUGGGAUGUUUCAGGCUGCUUAUGAGAGCAUUCAGAAUCACAUGAGGAGAGGGAGAGAGUCAUGUAAUGAAGGGGAGGGUGACCCACCGCUCUACGUUAAUGUGAACAUGGCCAGCGGGGAGAUAAUGAACACCUGGAUCGACUCCCUUCAGGCCUUCUUUCCUGGGCUGCAGGUGCUGAAUGGUGAUGUUGAUAACGCCAUUUGCCUGCACGCCUUCUACUAUGCUAUCUGGAAGCGCUUUGGGGCUUUACCGGAGAGAUACAACUGGCAGCUGCAGGCUCCUGAUGUGCUCUUCUACCCUUUAAGACCAGAGCUGGUGGAGUCGACCUAUCUGCUGUACCAGGCGACCAAAAACCCUUUUUAUUUGCACGUUGGAAUGGAUAUUCUUCAGAGCCUUGAGAAAAAUGCCAAAGUCAGAUGUGGGUACGCCACUCUCCACCAUGUCGUGGACAAAUCCAAAGAGGAUCGAAUGGAGAGCUUCUUCCUCAGCGAGACAUGCAAAUACCUGUACCUGCUGUUUGAUGAGGACAACCCACUUCACAAAUCCGAUAACAAGUACAUCUUCACCACAGAGGGCCAUGUUGUGCCUAUAGACAAGCGCUUCAGGGAGAAACAGUGGAGCGACAUGUUUCCUUGUGAAGACGGAGUGCUGAGAGAAAGUGAGCCAAACCACCAGCCACCGCCGAGCAACAUCAGCAAUUGCAACAGGAUCCCAGAGGAGCGACGGUACGCGCUGCCUUUAAAGAGCGUUUACAUGAGGCAGAUCGAUCACAUGGUGGGACUAUUCUGAGUCAGAGGAUGCAUGUGGCGACAUCGGCAUCAGCGUUCAGCACACACCCCGUCAGGUGCAGUGAGAACAGAAAAAGGAUCGGCUGUCGGUCAAAACUCGCCCCGUCUGUUCUGCUGCUCCGGAUCGAGACAGGAAAACUGAGAAAUCAGCUUCAUCGCGUGCUGUGUUAAGUUAAAGCUGAACAACUUGUCUCCUGGAAAAUGAGGAGUGUGUAAGUGAUUUUAGAAUAACUCCGUGGAGCAAAAAAAUGUUGUGGUUCAGUUAUGAGAGUGUGUGUGUGUGUGUGUGUGUGUGUGUGUGUGUGUGUGUGUGUGUGUGUGUGUGGGUAUCAGAAAUUACAGCUGAGCUGUGUUUAUGGGAACAGUGCCAUCUAGCCACACAUAUGUAAAAUGCAUAUAGCCUAUAAAAACACUCACCUCUGAAAACUUUCUCUCUUAACAUGAUGAUUAGUGCCUCUUUGCAGUUGAUUCUCUCAACCACAUCAGUGCUUUUAUAACAAUAAGGGCUGCACGUUAACGGACAUCGACGGUGAGUGAGAGGUCCAGGAUGACUCUCGCUGUUUUAAAGUGCCUUCAGUUUUUUUUCUUGGUCUGUCUGGAUGCUGUACAGUGCAAACAAGUUGUGCAUAACAUUGUCAAGUAUUUUUGGAGGCCAUUGUUGAUAUUGCACAAUAGGUAUCAUUCCAUGUACAGUUUUACACUGACAGCGACAUCGGUGUAAAGCACCUUUUUUAAGACAUGAAACAAGCCAUAAUUUUUUUUUCUUUCUUUCUUUUUUUUUUUUUUAACAUUGAAGAUCCAGCGUGUAAGAUUUAGGGGGCAGAAAUGUGAUAUAAUAUUCAUAAUAAUGUUUUCAUUAGUGUAUAAUCACCUGAAAUUAAGAAUCAUUGUGUUUCUGCUCUUUUAGAACAAGCCUUUUAUAUCUACAGAGGGAGCAGCCAUGUUGCUACAGUAGCCCAGAACGGACAAAACAAACACUGGCUCUAAAGAGGGCUUUUGCUAUUUUUCUUGUUAUCAGCACUCACCAUAGGAAAGGCUGAAACAUGAACGGUCAGUUGGUUGCAAUCUGCAACUGCACCUUUAGAUGCCAAUAAAUCCUGCACGCUGAACCUUAAGUGAGUGAAAACAUGUUUGUUUUCCAUCAUUUUUCUGUGAGUUGUAUUCAGUAUAGGUGGUUUAGUCUUGUUGAAAUUUGGUCAAAGUUGCCAUUUGCUGUCUCUCUCUCUCUGUUUCUCUUAAUUGCACAUCUUCAAACCUGUUAACUGUCAUGUGGUGAGAACUCAGGGUUUAAAGGAAAAACAACAAUCAAUGAAUGCUUUCAUAAGAAAAUAAAACUUAAAACAUGUUGUUGCCUACAAUGUCUUAGGAUAGUUUUAGGUAUUUAUAUUGAAAAUUGUACAACUUGUCUGAGGUCAAAGAAUAACUGCACUGAACUGAGGUACAGUUGUACUGUGAAUAUUCAUUGUUGUUCCAAGCUGCCAGAGAAAGUGUAUGAUGUCUCCUAAACUGUAAUGGAAUGUUUUCUUGGUUGGUUCAUCUCUUACCAAACAUCCUCAGUGUGUAAAGCUCAGCAGAGCUUCAGGCUGCAUGGCUCGAUGAGAUCACAACAUCCACAUUUUCUUUGGCUUUGGGAGACAGUUGUUCGUUUCUCAAGUGUUGUCUAAACUGCCCCAGGCCACAGGAAUGAUCUUCUGACUUUUUGAAUUGGUUGAUGUCACCCCAACUGCUUCAUCUCAGAUUGCAUUUAAAGGAAUAGUCUGACAUUUUGGGAAAUGUGAUCAAGGAUUUAUACCACUUGAAAAGCGGUCUGUGGCCUGGCCUACAAAAAGUUUUACAAGCAAAGAUUUGAAAGCAUGGCUUGCACAGAGACCUGUAGGAAUCUCACAUGCUCACAUAUGGGUCAGAAGUAUGGUGUUAGUUUUGAUUAAUUGACCACAUCAAAAUGAACUGGACAGGAAUUUAUCUGAUUGUGCAACUUUGAUGAAAUGGGCCCAUGUAUACUAAAUAUGAAGCUAGUACCAGAAGCUGGUUAGGUUAGCCUAGCUUGGCACAAAGACAGGAGACCAAGGGGAAUUAGCUAGCUUGGCUCUUCCGAAGGGCAACAAAAUCCUCUUUACAUUACAAGAUAUAGUAUGUUAAUUUGUAAGCUUUAGUUGUUCUUGUAAGCAGAAGGCUUUGGUAUUCAGCCUUCAUGCUAAGCUAAAAUGUCUUAUUUACCAUGCAGACAUUAAAGUGGUAUAAAUCUUCUCAUCUAAUUUCAAGUAAGAAAGUGAGUGUGUAUUUCCCAAAAUGUUCUUUUAUUCUGAAAUCAAAGGUUAUGGCUGUUCAAUCCUAAACUUUGUUGGACCACAACUGCCAAAAUAAAAAAUAAAUAGAUCAAUAAUUAAAUUAAUAGUGACCCUGGCCAUCAGUGUAGGAGAAGGGCAUGUACAGUACAUGUGCUUAGGUGUAUCGAGCAGAGACGCAAAUAAAAAUUAGGCUAAAAAGAGAAAAAGAAAAACAUUUUGGCAAGGAUAAAGGAUAAAUUGUAAUAAAAGAUUAGGUAGAAGAUAAAUGAAUCAAAAUUAUUCAAAAUUGAAUGUAAAGUAAAUUGGGAAAUUAAUCAAAUGUAAAUAAAUGUAGAAUCAAAAUUAAAAAGAAAUACCAAUGUAAGUCUCAUUUUAUAUAUCAGAUAAUGCCUAAACAUAUUUCUAAGAUGAUUUCUGUUCCAUUUAUUGCAUAUUAAUUUAUCUACUUGGCUAUUUAUUGAUUCAUUUAUUGAGUAAUUUUAAUUUUGUCAGUUUUGGUCCUCCAUACUAAACAUGACUGGUCUCAUAAUUCUUGAAAAAGGAAACUGAAACAUCCUGUGAAAUUAAAUUAAAAUUAAAUUAAAUAAUAAACAACACAAUAUGAACAAUGAAGAA